GGCAACAGAUUCCGAGAGAGGUUACGAUGUGUCCCAAACGCCGUGCCUCAGAGCUGAAGGGCGCCUUUCAGCACCGCACGCGGAGAGUCGUAAACUGAGCGAAUUCCCCAGACCGCUGAAAGAGCAUCCGGAUACUGAGCCUGCGCAAAGCGCUUGCUGCUAGCAGCGGCUGCGGUCGCCUGCGCAGAGGCAGAGCGGCGUGCGCUUGCGCAGAAAAUUGAAGUCGCUUCGGCAGCAUUGGGGAGCAUGCAUAAACUUAAAUCAGCUCAGAAGGACAAGGUCCGCCAGUUCAUGGCAUGCACUCAGGCUAGUGAGAAGACUGCCAUCUACUGCCUGACACAGAAUGAGUGGAAACUAGACGAGGCCACGGACAGUUUCUUCCAGAACCCAGAGGCGUUCCACCGAGAGUCUAUGAAGAGCAGUGUGGACCAGAAGAAGCUGGAGCAGCUCAGCAGGUACAAAGACCCACAGGACGAAAACAAGAUCGGAAUCGAUGGGAUCCAGCAGUUCUGUGAUGACCUGAGUCUGGACCCGGCCAGUAUCAGUGUUUUGGUCAUAGCAUGGAAGUUCAGGGCCGCCACUCAGUGUGAAUUUAGCAAGAAGGAGUUUGUGGAUGGCAUGACAGAGUUGGGGUGUGAUAGCACAGAGAGGCUGAAGGCUCUUCUCCCCAAACUGGAGCAAGAGCUUAAGGACUCAGCCAAGUUCAAGGACUUUUACCAGUUUACCUUCACCUUCGCCAAGAACCCCGGGCAGAAGGGCUUAGAUUUAGAAAUGGCUGUUGCAUAUUGGAAGUUAGUAUUGUCUGGAAGGUUUAAAUUUUUAGAUCUUUGGAACACAUUUCUGCUGGAGCAUCACAAAAGAUCAAUUCCAAGGGACACUUGGAACCUUCUCCUAGAUUUUGGAAACAUGAUUGCAGACGAUUUGUCUAACUACGAUGAAGAAGGAGCAUGGCCUGUCCUUAUAGAUGACUUUGUAGAAUAUGCGCGGCCAGUAGUCACAGGAGGGAGACGCGGCCCUCUCUAGACGGAAACACCAGAGACGCCAGACGGAGGGCAUGUCCUGGAGGAGACGGCCGCGUGGGUUGCUGUGUGCAUUUGUCGCUGACCUCAGAGUCUUCCUCGUCCAUUCAUGAAGCAAAUCCUCACUCUACUUAAAGGCUGCAGUGGCUGACGCGCAGACACGAAGAAGCUCCUCGGGGCGUGAGGGACAUCGGCAAAGCUAUUGCUUUAGGAGACGCCUGCAUGACUUGUCUUUACAGAGAGCGACACAGACCCUGUUUGCAGGGCUGAAAGCAUGUUGUUCAGUUGAUGACGUUAAGGUGAGCACCAGCCGUCUCCAAACUGGAAUCAUGUUACAGUUAUGCUUCAAAGUAGCAUCCGUGUCCCCAGAAUGAUGUGUCUUUUAUACAAGCCCAAGCCUCUUGAAGAUGGCCUUGUCAGAGAGCCCACUGCUUUUAAUCUUGGUAUUCAAGAUGGAUAGUUUUAAAUCAUCAAAUCUCUAGAUUUACUAGAUGUCUUGCUUUCGUUUUCUCUAGAAGAUACCGUUGCAGUUUGCACGGGGUGGGGGGGGCACAGGACGCAAUCCAGCAGGUUCAUAUCAAACUGUUUACAAGCCGGUAGGCCUGGUUCACUUCUACUGAGGUUACUACUAUUAGGCCUGGAUGCUGCCUCCUGAGAAGUUUCUUAUUUUUUUAAUAUAUUUUAUAUUUAAAAGGAUGUUUUCCAUGAGAAACACUUCUUUUUGAGUGAUGAAUUAGACUUACAAAUCAUUUGCACCAGUUCCCGUCACCUGUCUAUGAUGUCUUCAGUGCCCAGUGUCCAGCCCUUCGAAAGCCAUAUGCAUUUGGAAGCAAACAUACGUCAUCUAGAAAGAAUCCACACCCAAAGCCCUGUCUCACUUGUCUGCACCUGGGAUUGUACCGUGUCACUGUGCCGUGUCACCAUCUGCUUUUCCGGUGUUUAUCUGGUCAACGUGCACUCAUACACACGGACACGGGGGGCCUGGAUACUACAUGCUCAUCUGGUGUCAAGCUUCGAAUAUCACUGUGCUGACCCUACCUCACACUCGCCAAGACUCGGUGUCACAAGCGUGCCUUGCUGCCCAGCCUCCAACAUGGCCGUGCUGGGCCCCCAUCAGGACAGGGGACUGGUCAAUGUCAGUACACAGAAAGCGCGUCCCAAAUGUGCUCUUGGGCAGCUCUGGUAACGGGCCAUGCUCCUGUGCAGGAAACAGCUCUGAGGCAUGCGUGCCCUACGAGAUGGACUGUUGCUAGUGAACAGGAAGCCAGUCUCCACAAAGCCAACCCCUCAAUGUGUGAGAUGACAUCACUAGUGGCCUGUCAACGCAGGUCUCUAGAAGGACAACCGGGACAUCUUUGAGAGCAUCCAUAACCAAACUGGCUUAGUGAAAACCUGGAAAACAGCCUUCUCCCAGGCUUUGUGGGUUCCUGACUCGUAGUUAACUUCUGUUCAGAGAAGUUUACAGAUACACAAGUAGCUAAAAUCCGAAGGUCUGCAAUACGUUCUUAUUUUUAAGAUUUAACAUUCUUCAGGGAAAGGACCAGUGAUACGAUUCAGCAGGUUCAGGCACGUGCUGCCCAGCCUGACAGACUGAGUUCAGUCCCUGGGAACCACACGGUGGAGGGGAGUCCUCUGACCUCCACACAUGUGCCGUGAAAUGCAUGUACCCCACACACACGUGUACUCACACAAUCAAACAAACAGACAUACAUACAUACAUAACUUUAAGGUAUUAAAUUCUGUGGGAUUGCCAGUAGGCCGUGACAUACUAGUCAUUGAUAAAGGCUUCGCAAAGACUCGUGCUUUCUGUUCUAUUAUUUAUACUCGAAUUGUGCAUGUUACAGAAGUGCUGAGAACUUCAGACAUAGUGAAUAAAAUACUUUCCCCAGU